GGUCGUUAUUACGACAAGUAUGGCAAAGACAAGUACGGCUACUACAAGGACGGAGGACUUAGUGGAAAAAAAUACGGAUCCGACCAUUAUGGAGGCAGAGGAAAUAAAGGGGGGAAAUUUGGAGGCGAUUACUAUAAAGAUUAUGGCCACAAGAAAUACGGCUUCAAGAAUGUCUACCAUAAGGAAGAAUUUGGCGACAAGAAAUUGUAUUACGAUGACUAUAAAGAUAAGGACUACGGUAAGAAAUACAAGGACUUCCACGACUAUUAUGAUCAUCAUGCAGGUAAGAAAUACAAGAAAUAUGAUGACAAAAAAUAUCAUGACAACAAGAAAUACGGGGACGACUAUCACAAAUACGGAAAAGGCGGCUACGACAACUACUACGGUGGUGAUCAUAAAAAUGGCGGCAAGUAUUAUAAGGACGGCUAUGGUUACAAGCAAGGUGGAGGAGGAUAUAAGAAAGGAAGUUACAGUGGACAUCAAACUGGUGGGCAUGGUGGUGGCCACGGUGGCUAUGGAGGUGGAGGACACGGUAAGGGUGGUUAUGGCCAUGGUUACGCUGGUACUAAAAACGUGUAUUUAGUCUCAAAACAUCCUGACGGCUAUUCUAAGAGUCCUGCUGGAUACAGAAUAGUAUAUGACACGACCAAGCAAUAAACUAUUGUAUUUUAUUAUGAAUUAUAAUAUGAUAGCUGAAAAAAUAUUGAAGUAAAGUAGCUGAGUCCUUGACUGCGGUAAUAUAAAGUGGAUAAGCAAUUUAUACAGUCCAACGAGUAUCUUGAAGUUUCGCUUUUCUACUUAACAUGUUUAGAACUUUACUUGAAAUAUCUGUGUGUCUGUGGAGUAUUGAAAUAUGUUUUACUCUCGAAGAUUCUCUAGCUAUGAAACAAAGUCGUAUUCUAUUCUUAGCUGUAUAUUUGCAGUAUAAGUUUUCGUAUGGGACAAAGCAUACUCUUAUAUUAUAAUUAGCUAUAGGGAUUUUUAAAAGCUGUCAGUGAAAACAACAAAUUAUGUGAAACAGUACAAUUUGAGAUUAUGUGUAAACGUAAAUAACUUAAUGCUCGUUUUCAAACUGUCCGAAUGCAUAAAAACGUAUAAUGUAUAGUUUCAUUGG